AUGAGAUGGGGUCAUAAAGCUAAUCCGGAUAGGUGGUUCAUAAACUUACAACCACAAUUCCAAGAAGUUGUAGACGCAAUGGAAGUGAAUGGUGAACCAGAUAUAGCUGGUAUUUUCAGCGCGGCUUUAAUGCCAUUGAAAGAUAUGAAACAUGCAGAUAUUUUGGACCAGUAUGAAAUGAACAUGGCUGAUGGAAAUAUAACACCUGACGUUCUAGAACAUUUAUCUCAAAGAACUACACAGAACCAUAGAGAUGGUAUAUUUGGUGAAGAGUUUAGAAAGAAAGUUAGGGAGAGAGAAGGAAGAGAACCUAUUGUACAUGACCUUGCAAACGAAAGUUUACAAAAUGUCAUAAAAACUUACUUUGCAGACAAUGAACUGAGAAGGGAUGAAUAUUUAAGAAAACUCAAAUGGACAGUACCAAAUGAAAUGUUAGUAUUGAAAAACAUGUUCCUUGACAAAAUAAAACCAACUACAGAAAUAAAUGACGCAAGACUGAAACAUUGGGUAAAAGCUUUCCCAUUCACAAAAGAUAUUAUUGGUAACAUGGAAAGAAAACCAGAAUGGCUACAAAAACAUAUAUUUGGAAACGAGCUUAUUCCAUAUGGACAAGCUCUGUUUGAAGAGCUUGAACCGGAAACUCAGGAAAGAGUCAUGCAAACAAUACGCGAAGACUCAAAUACAAACUAUGACAAAAUCAUUCUAGGAUAUAGGUUACCUGAGAUGGGCGACCAGAGCCCAAAGGCAAAAAGGACACAUGAAAUUUACAACAUACUAGGUGAACAUGAGGCAAAGAUGCAACAACUUGAAGCAGAGGGCAAGUUACCAAAAGCGACACCAAAGAAGAAGAGUAGAACAAAGUAA